CCGCAUUGAUCAUUAAGGAGUGUGGCUAUAGCUCUCAUGGGAAGCAUUACUUGUUCUGUUUUUGUUACAACCUGCCAAUCUUGGAUUUCACGCCUCGGUCAGGGAACAAAAAGGAAUUGCUCCUGAAAGCUGCAAGGCAAGGCAAAAGCCUGAUUUCAGGGGACAAUAUACGAGAAAUAGUGGUGAAGGUCAGGUCCCGGCGACUUGGGAAUACAGAUCCACUUUCCCCAGAUUUCGCCCCUUUGGCUCCGACAAGGAGGCAGUCGGGGUAGAGAAUUUCCCAAUUCAGUUUUACCUAUUCAAGAAGAAGGAAAUUUACUCCAGGGGAACGUGGGUCAAGGCAACGUCCUUAUGAAAACAAUGCAAAGCUCCUCUUUCCACCGCUUCCGCAUCUCUCAGCCCCAACCAGCAGACUCAGUCUUGCAGCAAAGGCAAUCGGGUGACGUCCGAAAGAGUUCCGAAGCCGCGGGCUCAUCCUCUAAAAAGUCCUCGUCGACGUCGGCAUGUCGCCGCUGCCGCCGCCUGAAGAAGAAAUGCAGCAAGACUCUUCCGACUUGUAGCCUGUGUGAGAAUGCAGGGCUUCCAUGUUCGCUCUCGGCCGCCCCUUCUGUAGCGUCCGUUCCAAACACACCGAUUGACCAGCUUCAGGCUCGCAUCUCGUGGCUAUCAAAGUGUCUCCAGGAUGCAUUGCCAGCAGAUCAUCCCUUGGUAGAGACGCUCACUACAGGGGCUUUAGUCGCCAAAGAACCCACCUCAUCUAAGAGCUCCGUAGCCCCUCAAGCUAUUAAACGAUCAUCUGUGUCUUCAUCGUCGUCUAACACCUUUAACCUUGCACGGGAAUUGACUCCAGAAUCUUCCCACGCUGGACACGGCUCUCCUCAUCAUGGCCCUGCCACAGAGCACGAGGCAGGCCCGGACACGCUACAUCGCAUGUCGGCUACGCCAACUCAGCCAGCAGAAAGAGACUCCUCAAAACACACUGGCCAACGGAUGACCCAGGAAGCGGCUGGACGGAAAUUUGUAGACUCAUAUUUUUCGCAUGUCCACCGAUGCUACCCCUUUAUCAAUCGCGCUGAAAUCAUGGAGGACCUUGAAGCAAUGGCCAUACCAGGAAAGCUUGAUGCCAUUCCAAGCAGGCUUUAUAUCAUCAUGGCCAUUGGUUGCAACACGCUUCAACGAGCCGGACGCAUACCGUGCGGUAUCUGCGUGAAAUUCCAGAUAUCUUAUCAUAAGAUUAUUCAAGAGUGCCUGGGUAGAAAAGAUGUCGAGUCCGUCCAGGUUCUCUUACUCUUGGGGCUUUAUUCUUUCUUCGAUCCGGGUGCCGUCUCGCCGUGGGUAACUGCAGGCAUAUUAUGUCGUCAGAUCAUGCUACUCGGUCUCAAUAAGAAGGCUCCGCCGGAGCUAAACUUGAGCCCUCUCCAGAUCGAACUUCGGCACAGACUCUUGUGGAGUGCUUAUAUUUUCGACCGCAUGGUGUCUGUCUCAGCAGGUCUGCCUGUUGGCAUCGACGACCAAGAUAUCGAGAUUCCUCUUCCAAGCCUUACAGUGGAAGAAUAUGCCGGCGAUGAAAGAGCGAGUAACAUUUUGCUUCUUCAGUCAAAGCGACACAUGAUCGCGCUUCGUCGGCUGGAAGGAAAGAUUCUGCAGAGGGUUCACCUAUCAGGAGCAGCCGCCUCCAGCUUGCUUGGUCCAUCUGAGAGAAUCGCCAUUGUUCAAAAUAUCAUGUCAGAGAUAGUAAACUGGCACAGUCAAGGAUAUCUGCUUUCCCCAGCUGCCGAAAACGAGACCGUCCCUUCUCAUAACUCAAUACCAUGGCUUAAUGUGCGGUAUCAGAAUCUGCUAUUCCUUCUUCAGAGUCCCUCGAGUUUCAACUCGCAGCUAUCUCCAUCACACGUUCAGGAACUGCAACUGUCUGCGCAAAAGUAUAUUCAAUCCAGUUCACUUGUUUUCAGCCAGCGUCGAUUGGCGCUAAAUUGGAUCACUCUUUGUCGGCUCAUGACAGCUUCUGCUGUCUUUUUGUUCUGUUAUACCAGGACUAUCGCGCGUGGAGUCGAACUUCGGGACGAAGUUCUCGCUUGCGCCAACAUUUUGGAUGAAUACCCAGAAACGUGGCAAGUUGCUAAACAGCUGACCGAUUUACUUCGUCGGUUUGCUGCAGUUACCGAUUCCAUGGCUGAAGGACGUCAAAGCAUUCUACUCGACCUCCACGUUCCCUCCGCUGCUCAUCUACUUGACCAUCAUGGAGGGCCAAGCUCCAACUGUGGUGUCCCUGGCGACUCAGAUUUCCUAUAUACCAUUCGAGCUGAGCUGAAGUCCCUGAUGAGCCGCGUUCUGGGAGAAUCAAGCGCGUAUCAUUCCAUUCUUGGAGCGGCUGAAGUGAGGCGGUAUCGUCCUUUGGACUUAUCAUCAAUAUUCCAGGCGAAUGUCAGUGCUGGGGCUAUGGGGACCCCAGCGUCGACCGAAGUACCGCCGCAGCAUCAGCAUCCUUUACAGUCGGAUUUUGAUGGCCCAUUUGACUCCGGAGAAUCUUGGACAGGCUCAUUUGGCGAGUUCAGCACGGAUUGGAUGUAACAAUUGGUGUGCCAUUGGCGAUUUCAUAUCAUGUCAGUUCUGCGAUACUUGGUUAGGAAGGUCAGACAUUCCAGCUAUUUUUUUCUAAUCGUUCUGUACUUUUUCGUUUUCGUCGAAUGAAAGAUUGCAUGGGAUAGAGAUGGC